AUGCCUCUUGCUGUCGAAAUCGGCGCUGGCGUCAUUGGCGUUAGCGGCACUGUAUUCAGGAUCCUGAACCUCCUCGGCAUCGCUCCCCACGGGCCCCGCACGGUCGAUGGGGAUGCUGGCCUUUGGUGUCUUCACAAUAACUACCGGGGCUGCGUCGGUCUCCUCAGCGACGGCGAGCCUGUGCCUGCUGCCAUCAUCGAGCGCCAGGACGUGGGCCCCUGCAACGUCCCCAUGUAUAACUUUGACAUUUGCCACGACCAGAUCGCCAACCAGGCUGCCAACAUCUGGAGCUCCAUCCCUGCUCCCGGAGUCGCCCAGUUCGAUAAUGUUCCUCCGGCCUGCAUGAACCUUGCGGUCGUCCUGUCGGGGUCAUGCACUGGUGAGGGAACCAAUCCCGUCCCGUGCGGUUCGGCCUGUAUUCAAUAUACUGGUCUCAGUGAUGAGCAGUUUGCUGCUCUUUCUAUGGCGCUUCACGGUUAA